AUGCUUUUGUUGAUUAAGCUUCCUAAAGAAAGGUGUUGUUCAUUAUCUAUCUAUCUAUCUAUCUAUCUAUCUAUCUAUCUAUCUAUCUAUCUAUCUAUCUAUUUCAGUCUGUUCAUUAUCUAUCUAUCUAUCUAUCUAAUUCUGUUCAUUAUUAUCUAUCUCAUCUGUUCAGUUAUCUAUCUAUCUAUCUAUUUCAGUCUGUUCAUUAUCUAUCUAUCUAUCUAUCUAUUUCAGUCUGUUCAUUAUCUAUCUAUCUAUCUCAGUCUAUCUAUCUAUUUCAGUCUGUUCAUUAUUUCAUCUAUCUAUCUAUCUAUCUAUCUAUUUCAGUCUGUUCAUUAUCUAUCUAUCUAUCUAUCUAUCUAUCUAUCUAAUUCUGUUUAUUAUCUAUCUAUCUCUGUUCAUUAUCUAUCUAUCUAUCUAUCUAUCUAUCUAUCUAUCUAUCUAUCUAUCUAUCUAUCUAUCUCUGUUCAUUAUCUAUCUAUCUAUCUAUCUAUCUAUCUAUCUAUUUCAGUCUGUUCAUUAUCUAUCUAUCUAUCUAUCUAUCUAUCUAUCUAUUUCAGUCUGUUCAUUAUCUAUCUAUCUAUCUAUCUAUCUAUCUAUCUAUCUAUCUAUCUAUCUCAGUCUGUUCAUUAUCUAUCUAUCUAUCUGUGGAUCCUACCACAACACUAUCUAUCUAUCUAUCUAUCUAUCUAUCUAUCUAUCUAUCUAUCUAUCUAUCUAUCUAUCUCAUUCUGUUCAUUAUCUAUCUAUCUCACCAGCUAUAUUGUUAGUUUCUCAUAUCGAUGGAUCAAAUUCAAAACCUAUGGCGAAUGUCUUCUCCCUCCCCCUCUCUCUCUCACACUCUCUCUCUCACUCACACUCUCUCAAUUUUCCCCAUUUUCAAUCUAUCAAUCCGGGACAAUGGAGAUAGAGAGAAAAAUCGACAUAACAGCCUCGAAAAACAGCAUUCGGUUUGUUUUGUUCGGCAUAUCUAUCUAUCUAUCUAUCUAUCUAUCUAUCUCAUUGCGUUCAUUAUCUAUCUAUCUAUCUAUCUAUCUAUCUAUCUCAGUCUGUUCAUUAUCUAUCUAUCUAUCUAUCUAUCUAUCUAUCUAUCUAUCUAUCUAUCUCAGUCUGUUCAUUAUCUAUCUAUCUAUCUAUCUAUCUAUCUAUCUAUCUAUCUAUUUCAGUCUGUUCAUUAUCUAUCUAUCUAUCUAUCUAUCUAUCUAUCUGGAACUACCUGUUCAUUAUCUAUCUAUCUAUCUCACCAGCUAUAAUACAUGUCAUAAUGUCUGUUAUUCUUCUAUCUUUUUUUUUCUCUUUUCUUUUAUUCAACUCGGUGAACCUAUCAUCUUAACAUAUCUUUGUUUGUUUUGUUUGUUUUUUUAUAUCUGUCCACUCUUUAUCACUAUCUAUCUAUCUAUCUAUCUAUCUAUCUAUCUAUCACUGUUCAUAUCUAUCCAUCUAUCUAUCUAUCUAUCUCAUUCUGUUCAUUAUCUAUCUAUCUAUCUAUCUAUCUAUCUAUCUAUCUUCAAUUCCAUCUUCUUUCUUUCUUUAUUUAAUCAUUCUUUCUUUCUUUCUUUCUUUUAUUUAAUCAUUCUUUCUUCUGUUCCAUUUUUCUUUCCUUCUUUCUUUCUUUCUUUGUUUUAUUCCAUUUUUCUUUUUUCUUUUUUUCUUUCUUUCUUUGUUUUAUUCCAUUUUUCUUUCCUUCUUUCUUUCUUUCUUUCUUUCUUUCUUUGUUUUAAUCCAUUUUUCUUUUUUCUUUCUUUCUUUUUUCUUUCUUUCUUUGUUUUAUUCCAUUUUCCUUUCCUUCUUUCUUUCUUUCUUUGUUUUAUUCCAUUUUUCGCUUUUCUUUCUUUCUUUUUUCUUUCUUUCUUUUUUUUUCUUUCUUUCUUUUUUUAUUCCAUUUUUCGCUUUUCUUUCUUUCUUUUUUCUUUCUUUCUUUCUUUCUUUCUUUCUUUCUAUUUGCUAUUUUUCCUCCCUAUCUUCUUUCAUUUCAGUGUUUAUUUUUCAUUUGCACUUAUAUUGUGUUCGCUUUUUCUAAAAAAAAACAAAACUUGUUUCUCCCUUUCUCUUCCUCCCUCCCUCCAUCCCUCCCUCUCUAAUUCCUUCCUUCCUUCCUUCCUUCCUUCCUUCCUUCCUUCCUUCCUUCCUUCCUUCCUCCCUCUCGCCCUAAUUCCUUCCUUCCUUCCUUCCUUCCUUCCUUCCUUCCUUCCUUCCUUCCUUCACUCACUCACUUCCCUUCUAUUUUCUUCUAUCUUUCUUUCGCUUCCUAUCUUCUCGCACCUUUUCCAAUGUCCACGUUUCCUCCCACUUCAACUCUUUCCUUCCCCCCCACUCCCUUUAUUUUUUUUUUUCACCUUUUCCAUUUUCUUUCCUUUCUUUUCGUUCCCUCCAUUUUUUUUUGUUUGUUUGUUUCGCUUUCACGCCAUUUCAACAUUCCGACUUCCCCUACUUUUCCUGUUCGUUUCUCACUCGCUGGCACUGUGCCCUUCUUUACCAUACCUCAGCAGCCCUUGGCUUGGAUACCAAGAUGAAAAACGAAGACAUAAACAAAGUUGA